AUGCUCCGACCGUAUCAUGUCAUAUGGAAUGGCAACAGGCACGGUGAUGAGGACAGCAGAACAGACUCGACCAGGCAACCAGUCGGAUUCGCGAGGCACCGUGGUCGGUGGAAUGGCUUCGUGAACAAUCAGUUGGGUUCGUUUCUUCUGGCCACAUUAAUUAACGGGAUCUGCUCAGAACAGCAGAUGGACGGAAAGGCGAGGGCAUUACGGUCGCCGGAUCUGCUAGUGAUCACGGACGACCGAAUGGUGGCUGACAAAAUCAGUGUGACUAAAGAGAUGAACGUGUCGCGUGUCCUGCGCAGUUUGCCUCCUUCACCGAUGACCGCCUUUACACGGUCGGAUUCGGAAAUGGAUUCAACAAUACCGUCGCCGCGGUCGAAGGUGGACAGCGAAACGGCAGCGGCGGCGAUCGACGGCAAGGAAGGCUGGAAUUCGAAGAAACACCUGCACAAACUCGGUCACCGGGUCUACGACAAUGAUCACUGUCUACAGGAGCGCGAGCAGUCGAUACGCUGUAUUCUGCAGUUCGACGGCGAGAAGGGCUUUUGCAGUGACGAGUUCCAGAACUACGCCCGCUGCCGCGAGUUGUGGGUACAGAAAGUUUUUGGCCAGUCGUGGUCGUACGGAGAGAGCAACGGCUGGUGUGCGGGCGGAGGUACGACGCCGGUGAUCGAACGACGGUUGACAGUUGUGCUUUCGUAG